AGGGAGUCAUGUGACUGACGCUCCUCCACUGAAUUAAACUUGCUGUGGCUGUAUGUUCUGUUGUUGGGGCCCUCGCUGGGGCUGGGUCCCCUGUGCCCCAACCCCAUGGCUCCUUUUGGGUCUACUUGUGUGUGUAGCUCCAUUUGGCCUGCUGGGAGAAGAGACUCGCCAGGUGUCUAUGAAGGUUAUUUCUGGCUGGCCAAAUCCCCAAAACCUGCUUCAUAUCCAGGCGGUGGGUAGCAACUCUACCCUGCACUACGUGUGGAGCAGCCUAGGGCCUCCAGCUGUGGUGAUGGUGGCCACCAACACCACUCAGAGUGUGCUGAGUGUCAACUGGAGUCUCCUGCUCUCUCCGGAUCCUGCUGGGGGUCUGAUGGUGCUCCCCAAGAACAGCAUCCAGUUUUCUUCUGCUCUUGUCUUCACCAGGCUGCUUGAGUUUAACAGCACCAACGUGUCGGAAGGGGCACAACCCCCAGGAAAACCAUACUCUCCAUACUCCUUGGCCAAGUUCUCCUGGAACAAUAUCACCGACUCACUGGAUCUUGCUACCCUGAGCACCAUUUUUCAAGGCCACCCUGUAGAGGACCCCACUGGUGCAUUCGCCAAUGGCAGCCUGGCCUUCAAGGUCCAGGCCUUUUCUGGAUCUGGUCGGCCCGCUCAGCCCCCUCGCCUCCUGCAUACAGCAGAUGUCUGCCAGCUAGAAGUGGCCCUAGUUGGAGCUUCUCCUCGUGGAAACCACUCCCUAUUUGGCCUAGAGGUAGCCACCUUGGGUCAUGGCCCUGACUGCCCCUCAAUGAAAGAGCAACACUCCAUCGAUGAUGAAUAUGCGCCUGCCGUCUUCCAGUUGAACCAGUUGCUGUGGGGCUCGUCACCAUCUGGCUUCAUGCAAUGGCGACCGGUGGCUUUCUCUCAGAAGCAACGGGCCCGGGAAUCAGCCCUCCCCUGCCAGAUUUCCUCUUUUAACCCUACCUUGGGAUAUUCUCUCCCUCACUCACCAAUUGUCCAAGCCUUCUUUGGGUCCCAGAACAACUUCUGUGCCUUCAAUCUGACCUUUGGGACUCCCACAGGCCCUGGCUACUGGGACCAACACUACCUCUCCUGGUCAAUGCUUCUGGGCGUGGGCUUCCCUCCAGUGGACACCUUAUCUCCACUAGUCCUUGGAGUCAUGGCGGUGGCCCUGGGAGCUCCAGGCCUCAUGUUGUUGGGGGGAGGCCUGUUUCUGCUGCUGCGCCACAAUCAGUAUUCUGAGUAUCAGUCCAUAAAUUGAAACCUGCUCUCCAGAGGGAAGGGCAGGACCACAUCUGCCUUGCUGUGCCUCAAACUGUCAGAGCGUGGAGGAUCAGCAUUGUGAACUGCUUUUCUGCAGCCCCUCAGAAGCCCGCCUCAACGUACUGGGGCCCCUGAGUACAUUGUCCUUCCUAACCCAAGGAGAGGUAGAAUAGCUGGGAGAAGGAAGGUCCCCACUGGCCCUUCCUCCUUUUGUCAUUCGCCAUUCCCAUUUUCCUUGGAUGAAACUUGAAGGCCUAAGUGAGAGUGACUGUUGUCUUCCCUAAGGGGAAUAAAAUAGACUUUUUUUUUAUACAAGA